CAGGAGGUGGUGACUCCCUCGGGGAGGGAAGCAGCAGCAAUGGCUUCAAUGACAGACCAGCAGGCUGAAGCUCGAGCCUUCCUCAGCGAGGAGAUGAUUGCUGAGUUCAAGGCCGCCUUCGACAUGUUUGAUGCGGACGGUGGUGGAGACAUCAGCACCAAGGAGUUGGGGACGGUGAUGAGGAUGCUGGGCCAGAACCCCACCAAGGAGGAGCUGGAUGCCAUCAUUGAGGAGGUGGAUGAGGAUGGCAGCGGCACCAUCGACUUCGAAGAGUUCCUGGUGAUGAUGGUGCGCCAGAUGAAAGAGGAUGCCAAGGGAAAAUCUGAGGAGGAGUUGGCCAACUGCUUCCGCAUCUUCGACCGGAAUGCAGAUGGCUUCAUCGAUGCAGAGGAGCUGGCUGAGAUCCUGAGGGCCACUGGGGAGCAAGUCACUGAGGAGGACAUAGAAGAUAUGAUGAAGGACUCUGACAAAAACAACGAUGGCCGCAUCGACUUCGAUGAGUUCCUGAAGAUGAUGGAGGGUGUGCAGUAAGGGACCAGACAUUCCUCGGGCCAGCUGCUGCACGCAGCCCCGCUCCACCACCACCCAGGGAGCAGCAGCUCCGCAGCGCCCAGCCCCUGGCUGCCCACGACCCUGCCCCAUGCCGGGGGCUUGGUCUGACCCCCUCAUCAGCCGCCGAGCUUUUCCUCCCGUCUGUCACGCGUGGUUUCACCCAAAGCCUCAAUAAAGGAGGAAAGGCUUGAGCUGCAA